ACCACGCUACCGACGACUACCAUCAUCUCCCGCCGCCGCCGCCGCCGCCUCCGCCUCCGCCGCCACGCCGCGCAGGGUUUAGGGUUUAGCGGCGGCGACCCCCGCAGCGGCGCUACCCCAACCGCUUCCUGUGCCUCCCCACACGGACGCAGCGGCGAUGGCUUCGAUCGAGUCGCAGCUGAAGGCCAUCAAGUCGGCGGCCGGCGCGGCGCCCGAGCCUGCUCGCCGGCCCAUCACCCGGCCGUCCGUGCUCCUCGACCCCAAGGAGGCUGCCGACAUCGACCUCCGCUCCAUCCUCCCGAACGCCCUCUCUGGGUUGGAUCACCUUGGUAGUGUGGACGAGAGAUUCCGGAGGUACCGUGACACAUUAUUCAGCGAGACUAGCCUUGAGGUGAACCGCGAGCAGCUAACUUCCAAAGAGAAUGGCAAGCUCAACAAGUCAAUCUCCUCCUACCUUCGUCUUCUGGCUGGCUAUUUGCAGCUCCCAGCUGCUCUAUGGACCGUCGAGUACCUUAUCCGGCGAUACCUUGUGCACGUAUACAACUUGGAUGAGUUGCUGCUAUGUGCAUUGCCGUAUCAUGAUACACAUGCAUUUGUUCGGAUUGUUCAGUUGAUUAACUUGGGGAAUAGUAAGUGGGCAUUUCUCGAUGCCAUCAAGUCUUCUGGUGCACCCCCACCCAGGAGUGUAAUGGUGCAACAGUGCAUCCGUGAUCAGGCUGUGCUGGAGACCCUUUGCAACUAUGCUGCACCAACAAAGGAAUUCCAUCACUCGAGAACAGUUGUCUGCUUUUGCACUGCAGUGAUUGUGGAGUGCUUGGGUGCUAUCCCCAAGCUUGACACGGAUAUAGUGCAGAGGGUGUUGGGAUUUGUGUUUGACUCACUUAAUCCUGCAAUGAAGGGAGACCAGGAUUAUAAGGCUGGCGCGCUGAUGAUUAUUGGAGUACUGGCAACACGAGCAACACUAGCCCCAAAACUUGUUCAGAAUUUGAUCUUCUUUGUUGCAAGGGCUGCACAGCAUGAUGCACUGGACUCGAUUGAUUUACCAUGGAUCCGUGUUACAGUGAUGGCUAUUAUAAGUCUUGUUCAGUCACAAUCAGUCAGUGAUUUCCCGAAGAAGACAUUGUUGAUUCUGAAAGACAUCAGGGAUAUUUCUGGUAUCCUUUCUGUGUUAUGCAGUGAGUUCAACAUUGAAAGGUUUAUUAGGCUUUAUGUUGAAUCAUUGGUUGGUUACAGUUUUUCCAAUGGUUCAUGCCACUCACACCUGAUUGAAAUUGUUGAGACUCUACAUAUAGAGAAUUUUGUUGAAAGGAUUGUGUCCAAGGUUCUAUGCCACUGUGUCAAGGCACCUCAGGCAGCAGAAAACAUUGAUAUGAACCGCACAGGUCUAUGGGCAAAGAAAACCUUGAAUGCAAUUGGAAAAAAAUAUCCAAAGGAACUACGCGAUGCUAUCCAUAAAUUUCUUGAGAACUCUGAAGUUAACACAAUUGGAGAGGAUUUUGCUUCCAACUUGUUGGGCCUAGUGUUUGAUGAAAGCAAGGGUGUGCCAAUUGAAAUAUCUGAUUCUAACAUUUGGUUCAGUCUGGAUCACCCAAAGGCUGAGGUCCGUACAUCUGCUCUCUCAAAAAUUGCUACAUCCAACAUCUUUAAGAACCAUAAUCUAAAUCCACAGAACUUAAUCAACAUGCAAGAUGCAAUAGUACACAAUAUGUAUGACGAUGAUCUAAGUGUUGUUCAAGCUGCCUUAUCCAUAGAAGGACUGGCUGCUGUUGCCAGUCCCAAUAGGCUUUUGAAAGUGUAUGAUGAUCUGCUAACCAAAUGCAUCAACAUCAUUCACAAAGGUGGUCCAAAAGCAUCAAAGGCUUGUGAUGUUGCUGUUACAUGCCUGGAAAAGAUAAUUACAGAAUAUCCAUUGCAUUAUAUUGAACAUGCAAAGGACAUCGCGGUAGUAGUAUUUCAUCUCAUCAUUGUUCACCCAAAGACCGUCAGGGUAAAUUUGAAGGCCCUGGAGCUAGCAAAGAGUAUACAAUGGGAAUUUUAUACAAGUAAUUCACUUGUAUGCAAUGCGAUCACAAAUGAUAGAAUGAAGAGCAUCAGUUCAGAGUCUGUAGCUUCCAUUAAUAUGAAGAAUAUCAAAGCACUUUCUGAAACUCUCCUUGCGAACCCAAAUAAGCAUGUGGAAUGGUUGGCUGAUGCUGGAAAAAGAAGUGCAUUUUCUAGAACUUCGUUUCUACUCAUAAUAUUGCAGGCACUGCUUGCUCCUACUGGAGUUUUGGACAUGCAAAUGAGUCUGUGCCAAGCUUGUCUGCCUGUUCUCAAGAACGAAUGGUGUCAAAUAACACCAAAAGAUGAUUGUGUUGGUGAUGAGAUAAGCAUUGACAAGCUUGAGAAGUGCAUUACAGAACUGGUGAAGCAUAUUUCCAAUAACGACCCAGAGGCAUUGAAUACCAGAAUUCUUGUAUGCAUAUUUUGGGGUAUUCUAAGAGUACUGUCAUUCUAUACCAAGCAGAGUACUAUGAUUAAUGAUGUUGGAAAUACAUUGCUUGAUGAUUGGUUUCUCUUCUUCAUCACAUCAACUGGGAAAAACAACUUCCAGAAGCAUCUACAGUAUUUAAUGGUUAACUGCACCAGGGCACCUUUUCAUUUUAUCUCCAAAUACUUUGUAGAUGAAGGGUUUUCAGCUGAAGUUCAAGUAGAGAGUCUUCUUAUGCUUGCUUCUAUUUGUUCUUCAUGUGCUUUGUCUGAAACUAGUAGUUUGGAUGAAAGCUUAUGUAUGCAGCUUCUACUUGGCUUUCCUCUUGUUAUGCUCCCACUUGCUCAUGAAAACAAGAAUGUAAGGUCCUCUGCUCUCAAAUGCAUUGAGGGGCUAUUUAUGGUGUGGCAGCGGUGGAGCUCAUCACUUUCAAGAAAUGGAAACAACAGCAAAUUGCCUAAAUGCAUGUUGUCCCCAACAUUCGGUGUUUUCGUUGGGUCACUGGUUAACCAAAAGACCAUGAUAUCCUCAGAUGCGACAUUUCUACCUGCCUAUAUUUCGUCUAUGUUGAGCCCACGUCAAGAUUUAAUGGUCCCUGAAAAUCUUCAUGAGAGAUUUGACCAGUCAACAAAAGGUGCUAUCCUUCAUUUCAUCUUGCGCUCUGGUAUGAAGCUCUCUUCUCGUGGAAAGUUCAUGGUUUUGUCAAUGCUGAAAGGAAUAGGAAGCAUCUUGUUUGAUGUAGAAGAUGUGAAGUCUUUAUUCUAUGAUCUUCUGGAUCGACGCAAUCAGUAUCAGAGUGGGCAUGAGUCUAGGCAGGUCAUGUCCACCCAUGAAAUACAAAUCUUGUGCUUGCUGUUGCAGGUAUUUUUCUUGGUUUCUGAUUGUGCAAACAUUAGUUCUGAAACAUCUGAAGCUCUGUUGAAAGUUUUAAUGAUUGAUGUUUCAACUAGAGAAGAUCCUGUUGUUGUUAUGCCAUGUGUUACUGCACUGCAAGCUCUUCAACCAGUAUUCUUUGAUUUUUUGAAGAAUGAUACCAAGGAAAAAGUAUUUGCGCACCUUGUCUCUAUGUUUCGAACGGAAAACACUGAAAUACGAAAUGCAGCACGAGAUGCUCUGCUGCGAAUUAAUGUUCACGCCUCCACAGCAGUGAAAUUUAUUGAAUCUAUUGCAGCGCAAGGUGAUAAAAAAUCGAAUUCAAAAAGAAUAAAGAGAGAAGUGGAUCUGAAUUGUGACAUAUUCAAGAACUUUAAUGAUUUAUUUGGAGCAAAACCUACAGCUCUUGUUCUUGUAUCUCUUCUAGAUAUUUUAUUUCUUAAGAAGGAUGUAGUUCAAAGGCCAUGUUUACUACCACCACUUUUCCAGUUGUUAUCGAAACUUCUCUCUGUUCAAUGGGUCUCAGGGAUAGUUUGCCAGUAUAACAAAAGCCAUGAUGCCUCUUCUGUAACCGAUGAUUUAUCAAAUCUCAUGAUAGAAGCCCAGCAAUUGGUACUACUUAUUCUCAAAGAUAUUACGGAUACACUACAAGCUGGUCACCAAGAUGCACCAUUCAGCUGUGGAGAUAUAAAUCUCCUUAUUAAUUGUAUACAAUCCACUAAAGAUCUGGGAAUCCGUAAUCGUGGGUUCUCAUUGAUUGCUUCAUUAGCAAGGGUUUCCCCAGAACUUCUUUCAGAAAGUAUUGACGAUUUGUUUGUCACUAUUGGGGAUGCAGUGAAACAGGAUGAUAGCCACUCGCAACGCAUUUUGGAGGAUUUACUAUCUGUUUUAGUCCCAUGUUGGUUAGCAAGGAUCACAAGUAUAGAAAAACUUCUCGAGAUAUUCAUUAAAGCUUUGGCUGAUGUUGCUGAACACAGGCGUCUUACCCUCAUGCUUUACCUUUUGAGGACGCUAGGAGAAAAAAAAUGUCUGAGCACCGUUAUCAUGUAUCUGUUGCACUCAUUGACUGGCCGGAUUUCUCAUUCUCCCAAACACCAGGGCUGCAAUUAUGUCCUAUCCUUGAGAGCCAUGCCACUAGAGUGGGAGUAUGGUUUGGCAGUCAAUAUAACCAACCAAUACUCAUAUAAAUUAUGGAUACAUUGUCUUUCUAAGCUAUUACAAGAAAUCAGGGUGCACGAGAAACAAAAUUUGCUUCCUAUGCUCCAUUUGGGGAUGCAAGUUAUCUUAUUUAAGCUGCAAGAUACAGAGUUGAUUUUUGACCUUGAUUCUGAGGAAGCUGCUAGCUCUAUCCAGGGUUCUCUUGGAGAGCUUAUGGAGGAAGUUGUCCUGUGCACUGUGGCUGUCAGAGAGAAAAAAAAUGACAUUUCUGGUGAUGCUAUAAAAGAACUUAGAGAUUCUGCAAAUACAGUUCUAAAAGUGAUCACAGGCUGGAUGAGUGCUUCAACGUAUUUCAAAGGGAUUAGCCGGAUGUUAGAACAUUCAAGAAGUGUUGUCAAAAGAAAGGCACUUGGAAUAUUGUGCGAAACUGCAAAGGGAAAUAGCUUGAUCCAGAAAAAACAAAAGAAAGCAAGAAAAGUUAAUGAUAGCUCUCCUGCUACUGCACCUCAAGUGGACAAGAGCUCUGCGCCUUUUUUCAGUGACUUGUGCUUUAAGAUUCUAGAGUUGGUUGACAGAGAGAUUGAUUCAGACAGUUCAGUGAAAAUUUCUGCUAUUUCUUCACUUGAAACACUGGCUAAAGAAUACCCCUCUGAUAAUCCUGCAUAUAGCAAGUGCAUUGUGAAAAUCACAAAUCACAUCAGCUCCAGUGAUGCUGUUACUUCCUGUAGGUCAAUUCAUACCGUGGGUUCUCUUAUAAAUGUGCUAGGAUCAAAAGCAUUACCUCAGCUUCCAUCAAUCAUGAAAAAUAUGCUGCAAAUAUCACACAAAGUAUCAUUUUGUCCUAGUGGAAAAUAUGCACACAGUUCCAGUAAAACUGAUGCUAAACUUUCUAAUCAAGCUAUACCUGUAUUAUUGUCUGUAUUGACAACUGUCGAGGUGAUUGUCAAAAAGCUUGGUGAUUUUGUUAAUCCAUAUCUCGAAGAAAUUCUGGAUUUGGUGGUAUUGCAUCCAGAGUGUGCUUCUCAAAUAGAUGAAAAAUUGGAUGCAAAAGCAGCAGAUGUUCGGCAGUUACUGGCUGAGAAAGUUCCAGUUCGACUUAUGCUUUCACCUUUACUUAAUCUGUACAAUGGUGCUACUAAAUGUGGAGAAGCAAGUUUGUCCUUGGCUUUUGAAAUGCUUUCUACUCUAGUUGGUACUAUGGAUCGGAUGGCUGUAGGAACCUAUCAUACAAAAGUAUAUGAACAUUGCUUGGUAGCUCUUGAUCUCCGCCGUCAACAUCUGGAUUCCUUGAAGAACAUAGCUACAGUAGAGAAAAGUAUUAUCCAUGCCAUAACCACUCUCACAAUGAAGCUUACUGAGGCUACUUUUAGGCCUCUUUUCCUUCGUACUCUUGAAUGGGCAGAGUCUGAAGUUGAUCAGUCCACAUCAAAGAGAAGUUUGGACCGUGCAAUUGUUUUCUACAAGUUGGUGAACAGCCUCGCUGAAAAACAUAGGUCCUUGUUUGUACCUUACUUCAAGUACCUGCUUGAGGGAUCUGUACAAUAUCUAUCAGAAGAUGAUGGUUUGAUCAGUUCCAAGCAAAAGAAGAAAGCCAAACUUGAAUAUGCUCAAGUGGGACAGAAAGAUAACUUAUCAGGACCAAAACUGUGGAAUUUAAGGACCCUGGUGUUGAAAUCCUUAUACAAAUGUUUCAUGUAUGACAAUGACCAGAAGAUCCUUGAUUCCUCCAAUUUCCAGGGUCUUUUGAAACCUAUUGUUGCUCAGUUUGUUAUGGAGCCACCUGAACAUUUUGAAUCAGUUCCAGAAGCUCCAUCCGUUGAUGAAGUAGAUGAAACUCUUGUUUUGUGCUUGGGACAAAUGGCAGUUACUGCACGGUCAGAUGUUUUGUGGAAGCCUCUUAACCAUGAGGUGCUGAUGAGGACAAGGAGUGAUAAAGUUCGCCCCAAGAUGCUCGGCCUGAAGGUUGUGAGGUACAUGGUCCAACAUCUGAAGGAGGAGUACGUGGUUCUCCUCCCGGAAACCAUCCCAUUCCUUGCUGAGUUACUCGAGGAUGUGGAGCUCCCUGUUAAGACUCUGGCCCAGGAGAUUGUGAAAGAGAUGGAGACCGUCAGCGGUGAAAACCUCCGUCAAUACCUAUGAGGCUGUUUGCGACUUGGCGUCUCUGCUCUGUAGAAGAAACCUUGCGACAAUGAAGUAUAUUUAUGCACAUCCGGGUGAAUCGCUUCAAGCAUUUUCAUGCAAAAGAUAACUGUAGCCGAAACAUUUUGGAAUAUAUAAUUUUUUUGCUGUGUAUGGUGACCAUAUUCAUGGUGUAUGGCAUUUUCUUUUGACCGUGUUAGGAAUAUCACAUGUGUUAACUGAAGGGCAUGUAUAUGUAAACUAAAUUGAGUUGUGAACACCAAUUAGGAAUAGGAUUAGGAUGUCAAAUUUGUAGGCCGUACUGCAGACUGACUUUUGGGGAUUUGCGCAAUGCACGAUGUGACCACGUGCCAGGAACAAUAGCACAUGGAGAAGUUUGAAGA